CGCAACGAAUAGAGCCGUCGGUUCGCAGUAACUGAAGACCGAUUUCGACGAUGGACCAACUCUUCAUCGCCUGGCAGCUCACGGCGUUGAUCUCGAGUCUACUGUCGAGUGGAGCUAUGGUUUUCUUCUUCAUCAGGUAUCCAAGCAUCCGGGUGCAUCCGGGUAUGGUACUUAUGUGUAUCUUCAUGAGUGUGAGCAUCGCGAGUAUCAUGCGCGUCGGACUGCACGCGUGGUACAUUCUGCUAAACCCGGACGAUGUCGGAGGACCCAUUCCAGCGACACUGAGCAGGAUAGCCAACGAGGAGCUCGGACACGACGCAGGAGCAUUGGAAGCUUACGUGCCUUUCUUCUUUUGGUGUUACUUCUUCUUCAGCACGUCGGCGACGCUGUGGUUUUUGAUGUUGGCAUUGGAUCUCAUCUUUUCGCUGUCCAACCCGUUCCUACCGUUCAACGCCGACAACGUCAAGCACCAUAUCUUCGCAUGGCCUGCUGCGUUGCUGUAUUGUUUGUUCUUCCGUUACGUUCUGGGGGAAUUCCAGUCGAAGCUUACUGCACACGUUGUGCUGUACUUCGAUCUACCAGCUUAUAUCGUGCUGCUCUACAUUGGAGGUGCACUUAUCCAGUCCAGACGUCGCAUCCGAAUACUCGAGAGCCACGCACACGCGACCACGGAACGAAUGGCAAAGCGGAUUCGGCCCUACUUGGGGGUAUUCGCAAUCCACACAAUGGUGGCUCUGGUUAUCUACUUGGUACAGCUAGGGACGGAGUUUGGCAGAAUGAUACCCAACGCGUUGGAUCAACUAUCACUGGUGCUCGAGACUUUAGCACUAUUCGCUCUGUUCUGUCGAGACGCAGGAGUCUUCAAGGCACCACGGCAACCACGUGCAGUCGAAAUUAUUCGAGAUGACAGUAACACCAGCAACCCGUCGAGAACGACCAUCACACAGAUUGAAGCGGGAGGAGCGACUCUAACCUCUACGGCCGGGGCAGCUCCACUACCCGACAACAGUAGCACGGAGAAGAUCGACGUAUCGAACAAGCUUCGCAUGGAUGUGAUGCGUUACAUGUCGAAAGGUAUUAUGCGGUCUAUUGAAAUGGCACAGGCCGUCGAAAAGAAGGCGUUACGUGGCAGUGCAAGCGGGUUCACGGGUUCAGACACUGCAAUAGAUGUCGGUGGGUACUCGAGCAUCAGCUACAAUGACUACACUCACGUGGAGAGUAUGGGCGUCGUCGUUGUCGGCGAGAAAGGUGGAACCAUGCUCAGCUUUCGCGACUGCGCACCGAAGAUUUUCCAUCGCAUUCGAGCGCAGUUUAACAUCGACCAGGACUUUUACAGGCAAUCCUUCGACCCGUCUCGGAUUCUAAGCGAACACGGCUCGGAAGGAAAGAGUGGCAACAUCUUUUACUUUACAGCAAACAAACAGUUCAUGGUGAAAAGCGUGCCAAAGGAGGAGUUCGAUACAUUGCGAGCAAUCUUACCACACUACCACGAGUAUCUCCAGUCAAAUCCGAACUCGAUGUUGUGUCGAUACUUCGGUUGCCACUCGAUCUCGCUCCCAAUUGGCAAGCGCCGUAUGUACUUCGUUGUGAUGCAGAAUUUGUUCAAUGAAGGUCCUGUAGAUCAGCGAUUCGACCUCAAGGGGAACCGUGAUCGACGGCAGGCUGUAAGUGCCACGACGAUGGAAGGGCUCAUCGAGGUUGCUAAGGACCGCAAAGCCAUCGGCCAGCUCUUGAUGGACAUUGAUUUCCUCAAAAUCAGCACCGGUAUUUCUCUGUCAUAUGCGAACACUGCUCAACAGCAAGAUCAACUCUGCAGCGACUUUGUGUUCCUUGCGAGUCGCGGUAUCAUCGACUACAGUAUCCUCCUAGGUGUUCGCUACGAGAACCCGGAGAAGCGCAGAUCGCACCAAAACGGACUCACGUCUCAUGACCAGAAGGAGGUGUACUAUAUCGGUAUCGUGGAUAUGCUGCAGCGCUACAAUUGGCGCUGGACCGUGCAGCGUUGGUUCCUAGGCUGCUUGCUCUGCAAAGACACCCACGAUGUUAGUGCUGUACCGCCCGACGAGUACGCCACUCGACUGGCAGAUUUUGUGCGUGAGAAGUUGUUCGACAUACAGGGGAAUACUAGUGGCCCGAGCUUCCGAAAUGUGCAUAGCAGACAUAUCGACAGCGACCGCACGGGAGAAAGUGGCUACAGCGGCGAGUCUUCCCGAGAUGCGUCGUCGCUCCCCACGUCGAUGAGUGUUGGUAUCUUGGAGUCCAGCGACCUCCCGUCAAUUGAGAUGCAGCGAUUGUCCGUGUUUUCGACCAGUUCGUUGGACGUCAUAGGCAUCGAGCCGUCGUCGUCGUCCUCGUCUCCGUCGGUCGCAUACUCGUCCGUAUGUGAAAGUCCCAUGGAGGCACCAGAGAUCCGUAAGACCACCAUGUUCUUCGUCUGAAAAUGGACGAGGUCAUCCGUGAUUUAUGGAGGUUAUCUCCACUCCACCUUGUAACUUAUCCAUCCAUCGAGUAAUACAACCAACGAGUAAAACAGCAACUUUGAUACUCAUGUACCUG